UGAGAAGUUUUGGAAAAGCACAUACACACGAGCAUUUAGUGCAUAAUUACAAUAGAGUACAUGCGAAGGUGUUCGGUUCGGUUGGUUAACAUAUUACGUUCGGCCAGAACAUGCUCUAAAUGUGGAACACUGAUUAACCUGGACUCGAAGCAGCACCGCCAUCAGGCAGGUCUCAUGUACAGUCACCAAGUGGUCUCCUCCUCAACAUCCUCAUCGCCAUUUCACUGGAUUAUGUUGCAUUUCCUGUUUCUCAUACUGUUGCUGUCAUCAGAAGUUCACGGCCAAGGUCGUCUUAAACUGGCGGUACUUUCUGAAGACAGACUGCAGAUUAAAUGGAAAGAAAGCGAUAGCCCCAUUCAGGGCUACAAGGUCCGAGUUAGACCCAUCUCAGACGUACCACAGCCAGAGCUCAUGUUGACCACCACACGGGGCCGGGCAACUGUGGCAGGACUGGACUCCAGUCAGGAGUAUGCCCUCCAAAUUCUCAUGCUUAAUGGGACGGCCGAGAAACUUCUGGCAAAGCGACGAUUCACCUUGGAUGGUCUACGGGAGGAGGAGGUGAUACGUAGUGGCCAAAGGAGGAAGCUUUUGCCCGGAGGGUCUGGCUCAGGAGAUCUGGAUGAUGUUACAGAAGCUCUGCCUACUCUUCUUUAUCCAGACCCUGUGACCACAACUGUUGCCAGUAUGAAUGCUGAAUCACCCACUAUAGAACACUCUCUCCCACCCCUGGAUGAGCCCCAUGAAAAAUCUACCAGAGAGAAGAAGAAGAGGAAGAAAGAAAAAGAACGGGAAGGUUCUCAGGAUGAAAUCAAAGAUGAACAGGGGACAACAGUGGGCAAAGAGGAGAAACCGCAGAAGACAACCCUCCCUACACAGCCUAUUACAGGCAUGUUUCCGAGAAAACCACUCGAGUGCAACACUGAAGCCGCAGCCGAUAUUGUGUUUUUGGUGGACGGCUCCUGGAGCAUUGGACGCACAAACUUCAGGCGAGUCAGGGACUUCUUGGAGGGACUGAUGACACCCUUCCGCAUUGGACCUCAGCACAUUCAGAUUGGCCUUACUCAAUAUAGUGGAGACCCACGAACAGAGUGGCAGCUGAACAAUUUCACCACCAAAGACCAAUUGGUUGAAGCAGUAAGGAAUUUCAGAUAUAAGGGAGGAAACACUUUCACAGGUCAAGCACUGCUCCAUGUCAUGGAGGAGAACAUGAGUCCUGAAGCGGGCGCAAGGUCCGAUGCACCCUUCUUGCUUGUGCUUUUGACAGACGGUAAAUCGCAGGAUGACGCCAUUGCUGCAGCGAACCGACUCAAGAAUGCGGGUGUAGAAAUCAUCGCUGUAGGCGUCAAGAAUGCUGAUGAAGCAGAGUUAAGACAAGUAGCUUCAGAUCCAGUGGAUGUGAAUGUCUACAACGUCAACGACUUCCCUCUGCUCAGCAGACUGGUGGCCCGACUUGCACACAUACUGUGCGGGAAGAUAGAGGACCGUGGAAUCAUAAAGCGACGUGAGCCAGAGCCCACUAUAGAUCCGACAUUGUCUUACCCAAGUCCCACUGACCUCCGCUUCUCCGACCUGGGUUCCAGAGAGGUGAUGCUACACUGGACCAACCCUGCUAAGCCAGUCCAGCAGUAUAGGGUGGUCUACCAUAGUGCCGAGGGUCAAAGUCCUCAGGAGGUGGUGCUGGCUGGCUCAGAGUCAUCUGUUCUUCUCCAAGGCCUCUCCUCUCAGACACUAUAUCAUGUUUCCAUUUUCCCGGUGUAUGAACACAAUGUUGGGCUGGCACUCAGAGGGACUGUCACAACUGUUCCACUGUCCAUGCCAACCAACCUGGAGGUGAAGCCUUCCUCCUAUAGCACAUUGCGAGUGAGUUGGGGUUCGGCACCGGGGGCCAAUGAGUACAUGAUACUAUACUCAGCGCUCAACCACGGGGAGCCUGAUGAUGCCAAGGAGGAGAAGUUUGGUGCUGAGCGGACAACGUCGGAAUUGACUGGUUUACUUCCUGCAACAGACUACUCAGUCACUCUUUAUGCUCUCUAUGAUGAAGAUUCCAGUGAUCCGGUCACUGCUGUCGCUACCACAUUGCCUCUUCCUCCACCCGCCAGAGUACACUUUCCGGUUGUUACCCACAGUAUGCUGAGGGUAAGCUGGGUGCCUGGAGCUGUGGACGUCCCUGGACACAGAAUUACUUACAGCACCAAUCACGGCAGUGAAAUCAAACAGGUAGAUGUUACUGGACAAAGCUCAGUGCUUGUGCAGAGCCUGUCCUCUCUGUCCAGAUAUCUGGUGUCAGUACAGUCUCACUACCCACAAGGCCUUUCUGCAGCCCUGACCAGUAACGUCACCACGUUAAAGGUUCCCUCCCCGUCAGACUUGAAGGUGACCAAUUUUUCUGGUAGUGAAAUUACCGUACGCUGGGAGGCUGCUGCUGAUGAUGUCAUUUCUUACUUGAUCAAGUGGAUAUCCUUAGGUGGAGGUGACUUGAGACAGUUGAAAGUGAGCGGAGAGAGUGAAGGGGUCAUCCUGGAAGGGGUGGAAGAUGACAAAGAAUACCAGAUCUCUCUCUCUGCACUUUACGGCGAUGGCGCUCAAAGUGAAGCAGUGGCUAUACGCUAUAGCACAUUGUCUGGUGGAAGUCCAACCAGCGUGUCUGUCUCCGAUGAGACACCGGUCAGCAUGAUGGUCAGUUGGAUUCCCCCCAACGCUCAUGUCUUGCAGUAUCGUGUCUCUUACAAUGCAUUGACAGGAACUGACAACCAAGAUCGUUCUGUGUUGGUCCAAGGUACAGAAAAGCACGUGGUGCUGGACGCGUUACAGCCAGACACACGAUACAGCAUCCAGGUCACUGCCGAAUACCGCAAUAAAGAAGGAGGCAGUGGUUCAGCUCAGGGCAAAACUACCAGUCUACGAGUAAGCAGUGUGAGUGUUGUGCGAUCAGACCAAUCCAGUAUAUGUGUGUCAUGGAGACCCCUGUCACUUGUGGAUGGCUACCGUAUUGUCAUUCAGUCCGUCAAAGAAAAAUUUUCAACUGGAGAAAGAGUCGAUGCAUCCAGAAGCACUCAGUGUUUCACUGGGCUGCAAGCGGAGACCCUGUACCGCAUCAGUGUGCACUCAAUUCUAGAAUCAACAGAGGGUGCUGCCGUCUCCAUUCUGCAUCCAACAGCUCAAGCCCCAGCUAAAAUUCCUGUCAAUCCUCGGCUUUACGCCAUUCAUAACGAAGUUUGCCCUGAAGUCACCAUCAGAAACAGCAUUGUUAAGGGCUUUGACAUGAUGGAAGCAUUUGGCCUGACUCCAAAAGCACACUCAUCUGUAGACGGGGUCGCCGCAGAGCCUUUUGUCUUUAACACACUUCCUGCCUAUACUUUGUACAGAGAUGUCCAAUUGACACAAAGCACCAAGUUUAUCCACCCUGUGGGUUUGUCUCCCGAACACACUAUAAGCAUUGCCUUCCGCCUGCUUCAGGAAUCACCUAAAGAGCCAUUUGCCCUGUGGCAGCUCACUGAUAAUGACUUCCAGCCAAAGAUGGGAGUUGUGCUGGACCCCUCCACCAAGCAUCUGGUGUAUUUAAGUCUGGAUUACAGAGGAGAAGUGCAAGAGUUGACCUUUGACCAGCCACAGGUCCGCAGGCUAUUCUAUGGUAGUUUUCACAAGGUGCACCUAUCUGUCAGUCAGGUGAGUGUCUCCUUGUCUGUAGAUUGCCAGCGCGUGGGCGAGAGGCCCGCCCGCCCACUCGGCAACCUGCCUACAGACGGAUUUGAAAUGCUCGGAAAGCUGACGAGGACCCGAGGACCCAAAAGUGGUUCUGCUGCGUUCCAGUUGCAGUCAUUUGAGAUAGUGUGUAACACAACAUGGGCGUUGGAGGACACCUGCUGUGACCUGCCUGGAGUGAGAGACGAGGAAAGUUGUCCUCCUCCUGCCUACUCAUGUACAUGCUCUUCCGACAUCCCGGGAGCUGUCGGUUCCCCCGGUCCAAUCGGCAAACCUGGUCCCCGCGGUGAGAAGGGUGAUAAGGGAGACCAAGGGCACAAGGGUGAGACGGGUCCUCCAGGUAAAGUUGGACUUGAAGGCGGACCUGGAGCGAUGGGCAGCAGAGGCCCUCGGGGAAUGACUGUGCAAGGGAAAGAAGGUCCACCAGGGGAAAGAGGAGAAAAGGGAGAGCCUGGAAGAGUCGGACUUCAGGGGGUACCCGGCGCUCCGGGCCCAAAAGGUGAAGUUGGCCCGCCAGGCCCCAAGGGAAUUCGAGGCGUUGAAGGCAACAUGGGUCCCACUGGCCCUACUGGAUCUAGGGGCUUCCAGGGCAUGCCAGGACACCCGGGACCCCCUGGGGAGAGAGGUUACACUGGACCUAUUGGGGCUAUGGGUGUUCCAGGGAGUAAAGGGGAACAAGGAGAAAAGGGGGAGCCUCAGUCCAUGGCCAUGAUCUACCAGCUUGUCACAGAGGCGUGUGAACAACUUGUUCACAAGGAAGUGAGGAAGUUGGACUUGUUCAUUGAUGACAUGAGCCGGAAGCCAUCUCCGGCGGAGGAGCCCGUGGGGCCUCCGGGGGAACCGGGAGUACCUGGUUCCAGGGGACCCCCGGGUUCUAGGGGAAACCAGGGCAAUAUUGGUCCACGAGGAAGACCUGGCAGGCCUGGCUAUCCUGGAGAACAAGGAAGGUCGGGUGUGCCGGGGGCAAAAGGUGAUCCAGGGACCAAUGUACAGGGGCCCCCUGGGGUCAGCGGGCAUGCAGGUCCACCGGGGGAGUCCAAGAUUGGAACCACUGGGCCAAAAGGAGAAAAUGGAAAGCCUGGGCCGCCUGGGAGCACCGGACCUGCCGGCCAGCCGGGUGAGAUCGGACCACCUGGAGAGUGUGACAGCAGCGGAGGCUGCCGAAGAAUUCCUCAGCAAACUGAAGACAAUUAUUACGGUUACCAGCCUUGAGUGGAUAUUUGAAAAGCAAGUGAUGGCAUCACAAUGGAAGCCUGUUUACAUUGACAAUGCUUCUAGAGGUCUGUAAAUCUGUUGUUUGCAGUGUUGUAUUUAAAGCGAUGCAGCACUACCAAGCGUCGUCACAGGAGGACUCAAAAUAGAAAAAGAAGGAGGAUAUGCCUCUGGUAUCACACUGUCCUCAGGAACCAACGUUUUUCCUGAGCAUAAAGUGUUAAGUAUUAUUUGUUUAAAAUAAGGAUUAGAGAGUAAGAUCUUCCUUCUUUUAUUCUUUUAGGUGCUGUUUCAUAAGCCAUUCUCGCACUGAUACCUUUUCUAAUUAUGCUUAUGUAGCCAUGUACUGUGUUGUAUUUUAUCCAAAUGUCUUACAUUUCCUCUUUUAUCUUUUUCCAUUCUAACCUAAACUGCCUCAAGCAAAAAAUGUCGAUGCAUAAUCCAUGGUGUAAGGUUUUAUUUUAUGAUCCAUGGUACAAAUGACUGUGAGUAUGUUGUGUAUAUGUAUAUUGUUUUAUGAUAUAGAAUGUAUGCAGUUAUACAUUUGUGUUCAUUUGUAAGUAUACUUGCUGAUAAUACACAUUUAUUCAGCCACUCUUGUCAUUUUCAACUUAAUAUUUGUGUUUGGUGUAGUACUUGUCGGAGUAGGUCAAUGGAGUAUGGUCAAUUGUGAUUGAAUUUAAAACAUAUUAAAAAAUACACACCCCUAACUGCACUUUGUGCAAAUAAUUAUAUGUUUAUAUCAUUCGAAGAUAUUAAGUGGGGACCGGAGGGGGCAUAACUCCCUCCCCGCUCC